CAACCUUGUUCAGCGGUCAUAAGCCAGCCGAGGGUGUUGGCAUACUUCCUCUUAGCAUGCUUAAAGGAAUGGGAGGUCUGGAAAACGACAAACUGAUUGUCAAAGUAGAAGUAAAAGUAGUUGAAGUAGCAUAUUUAACUGGGAGGGAGAUGUCUGAAGUCGAAACGUUCGAGGUUCCAUUAACUCAGGUAUGCUAAUUAAGAAGCUUCACGAUUUCUUGUUGUUUAAGUAUAUGAUCUAUAUGUAUACCUUUCUCGUUGGCAGGUUCAAACAGUGAGCAAGAUUUCGAAAAGCACCCGGACAUUGCAGUAGAUUUCAAACCAAAAAGCCCAGCGUUGAAGAGCAUACAUGAUUGUCCUCCUCGGCCUUAUCCAGAAACUGCGCAAGCCUCCACAGGGCCUUUCUAAGACUGAGCUAGAAGACGCUCAAAACGAGUUGAGCGAGCUAACGGAAGCGGGAUUCAAGCUAGAUUGGUUAAAGACAAAGCUUGAGGAGGUUUCUUUAAAGAGGAAGAAUGCAUUUGCUGGUGGUUGUCAGGUUGAAGAAGUGGAGGAACGCAUCAAGAAUCUGGAGCUGACUUUGUCGGAUCUCAAAGUUGAACUGAAAAGUGAGAAGGCUAAAUCUGCUGUUGAUAAUGCUAGACUUUUGUCGCUUGACGACAUUCUUUGAUGUGAAAAUCAAGUUUUUCCCUUUAUUUUAUCUUUUUGGU